GGUGAACUUAUCAGAGAGAUAUGUGCUUAUUGACACAAUGCACUCUACAAUUAACUAUUACAGGAUAACCAACUAAAUCAUCAGACAGUACUUAAAUCAACCAAUGCAAUUUCAAUUCCAGUUGACACCUCUCAACUCUACCAUCAGAGUCAACACAGAUCUGGUCUGAAACUGAUAGAAGGAACACUGCUUCUUCACCAUAAGAAAAUAACAUAAAAGAUAACAGUAACCAGAAAACACGUUUUCUAACCAAAAACGUAAACAUUAAGAAAUGAACAAACAAAUCUUGAUAAUAAUCUUUUUGGUAAUUAUACCAACGAUACAUGCUUCUCUAAAGUAUCCCCCACACUACUUACAACUAUGGCGUAUCUUAGCAAAUAGCAAGAAUUUAUCUAGUUCACCAUAUCAUGAUGCUGAAGGCUAUAAUUAUCUGGACAAACUGUCUACAAAUAAAUAUCUUCAUAACAACAAGCAUGAAAUUGAGAAAGCUAAGAGUUUGAUUUUUGAUGAUAUUUGUGUGAAAAUUUCUUCCCUUAAUGUAUCAAAAAAAUGUUGUGAAGAUACCAAAACAUUUCUUGGAUCCCUUGUUCACAGGUACCCAUGGGCACUACAAAUGCUUGAUUCUUAUGGGAAGCCACCAAGUGGGAUUCUUGAAGGAGACUUCACAUUUCCUGGUUCUUUUGAUGAAUGUAACUCUGCAAAAGUAGCUAUUCCUGCCAACUCAACAGAAUUUAUGCUUCAGCCUUUCAAACCAAAAUACUGCCAAGUCAUCUUUCCAAUCAAAGCACUCACAAGUAUGAAUGAUAUGUUGGUUGGUGGAUCAAUAGGUGGUCUCCAUAUGGGUGCAUGCUUUCCAGACAGUUGUCAGGCAAAAGACAUUCAAAAUCUUAUUCAAUAUGAUAUCCAUCUUCUUCCAAAAUCAAUUUCUGGAAAUAUCAGCUCAGUGGUGCAGUGUGAAGAAGAUAGAGGCUAUGAUUCAAAAGCUAUCAUCUCAUUGAUUAUCAUCUCAAUUUUCUUACUGCACAUAUUUCUGGGGACAUUAUAUGAUGUCCUUUUACAAUCUGGGAAGUCCUCUUCAAAUGCUGCUGCUCAGAAUGGAAUCAAUAAUUCUCUUCCAACUAGCACACAAGACGUUUCAUUGAAAGAAAAAGAGGCUCAUGUUAACUGCAAUGGUACCAAAACUCCAUCAAAAAGUGAUGAGGAAUUAGAUGCUGUAUCAAAAUUUCUCCUUACAUUCUCUGUUUAUAAGAAUGCUAAAAAGUUGCUAAGUACAAAUCAGCCAGAUGGUACAUUGACCUGUAUACACGGCAUUCGAUUCCUCAGCAUGACCUGGGUCAUAUUAGGUCACACCUAUAUCUUUGGGAUGCCAAUUUGGAGAAACCUAACAAUUAUUCAGGAUUUUGCAAAAAAUUUUGCAUUCCAAGGCAUUGCAAAUGCUAUGGUCUCUGUUGAUACAUUUUUCUUAUUGAGUGGACUUUUGGUAUCUUAUGGAAACUUUAAAGCUUUGGAGAAAACAGAAGGUAAAUUUGGCUGGGUGUACUAUUACAUACAUCGAUUUUGGCGCUUGACCCCUCCCUACAUGCUUGUUAUGAUGGUGUACAUCCCUUUGUUUCGCUAUUGGGGUGAUGGACCUUAUUGGCCAAAGGAUGGCUUUGAGAUAAAUUACUGUAAAGACACUUGGUAUUUCAACUUGUUAUAUAUAAAUAACUUUCUCUCAGAUCCACAGAAAGGAAUGUGUAUGUCCUGGACUUGGUAUUUAUCAAAUGAUAUGCAGUUCUACAUCAUCAGCCCUAUAUUCAUUUUAGCACUUUAUCAUUCAGAAAUUGUUGGUUUUGUGUUAAUUGGUGUUUUUUCAUUGGCCCAGUUAAUUACAACAGGGGUCGUUUCAACGACAGAAAAAUUACCUCCAGUUAUGUUUUCUCAAGACAGUGACAUCAGCCAAAAGUACUUCACAGAUAUUUAUGUCAAACCAUACAUCAGAAUCGGGCCAUAUCUCAUUGGAAUUCUCGUUGGCUAUCUUCUAUACAAAAAUAAAUGCAAAAUGAGGAUGAAUCGUUAUGUUUGUGCAGUUCUAUGGAUGAUGGCUACAAUAUCUGCCGUUUCCAUUCUCUAUGGCUUAUACAAUCUCAAUAAUGGGUACGCAAUGACUCAAGAUACAGCAUCAUUCUAUACAACAGCCAAUCGCAGUGUAUGGGGCCUGUGUGUUGGAUGGGUUAUUUACGCAUGUUGCACUGGUUAUGGAGGUUAUGUGAACACUAUCUUGUCAUGGAAAGCACUCAUCCCCCUCAGCCGUUUGACAUAUUGUGCUUAUCUGGUGCAUCCAAUUAUGAUGUAUUACUUUUAUCUCAACCAACGCUAUUCUCUCCACCUGACAUAUGUUUUAGCUACAUUCUUGUUCUUUGGAUUUAUGAUUAUGGCAUUCAUGAUAGCAUUUAUUGUUUCAAUGGCUUUUGAGGCUCCAAUGAUUGGUUUAGAACGUCUCAUAUUGGAGUUGAAAAGGAAGAAAAAAAAUAAUAACUAACAAACGGAAGUAGAACAAAAAAAAAAAUUGCAAAAUUAUGGAACAAAAAAAACUCUCAGACCAUUCCUAAUUAUUCACUAACCAAAAUUAAUUCUCCAACAUGAAUUUUACAUUUCAAAAUUUCCAUUAUUCACAUGUAAAAAUUUUGUAUUAAAUUUUAUAAAAAGAGGAAUAUAAUUUGAAAUACACAACAAAAACAAACUGCAUAGAACACCUUAAAAUCUGUUGAUAAUUUCUUAUACAGCCACAAGCAAAGCUGUCUUAACAGUAGAAUAGCCCACUAAGUAAACCACUGCAAUGAGGUCCCUACAUAUAUAUACAUACAACAUAUAUGGAUUUACAUUGGGCACCUAGAUGCAUGGGUCCCAUAUCAGGCAACAACCCAGUGUGCCCUUGCCUUAAGGUGGCACAGGAUACAAGGCCAUGAAUUUGUGAUCGAAGAGCUAGUUGAUUAUAUUGACCCCUUUGAAUUCAAGGUGAAGUUACUAAAGAGAAUUACCAGGAUCCUAAGAGGCUUUUUUUUUUUGGUGCAAGCUAGCCAUCUAAUCAAGACAUGGAGAGUAGGUAUGAAAAUAACAGAGGGAACAAUAGCAAGGUAUGUAAAAUUAUGGAUGUUGUUUUGUCAUAUGACAGAAGAAACAGUGAAAAAAAUAGAAAUAUUGAAAAGUAUAUAGAACUGACCAGAGAAAACUUUGGAUUGACUAAGCAGAAAUUAUCUCAGUUAUUAGAGGAAUGCUGGGAGUUGCAUAAGAAUAUUGAGAAGAACACUGGUACUUGAUUUUAUUGACCUCAGAAGUGUGUAAGGCAAAGUUAACCUUGGCAGGCUGUGAACUCGUAUUGCGAAGAGCUAAGACAAAUACUGCAAAGCAUUCUGUCAAAUGCUUUAACAAUUUCACUAAUUCAGAAUAACAACCUUCAACUGCAUCCUUUUACAUUCUGCAUUCAAAUCCCACCAAAGUCAACAUAGUUUUUCAUCCUUCUGAUAUCAUACGAAAAAUGUGUCUGAUAUUGACUGAUAUCAUACCAAAGAUAUGUGUCCAUUUACCUAAGUUGAAGUGAAGUGAAUAACAAUUCUUUUUCCUCAGUCAGAAGAUCAAAAGAAAAAAACAAAACAACCUGUAUAUACUUUAGUUCAAAAGUUCAAGAAAUUAGUAUUUGAUUGAUUAUACUUUGUUUUUUUUUUUUUUUUCUUGACCCUGGAGAGAUAAAAUGCAAAGUUGAUCUUGGAUUGAUUUACAAUCAAAAUGAAGAGUCACAACAAAUAGUGCAUAGCUUUUUUUCCUUGCUGUAUUUCUUUCACUUCAAUGAGGUUGAAUCCUGUAUGAUCCUAGUUAAUUACAAAGUAGACACUGAAAAUACAAUUGUUUGGAUGAAUUAUUAGAAAAAUAUACCUUAUUAUGACAUGGAAAUCUUUUGUUCAGUUUUCUUUGUCCAGUUAAAAUAUAGCUCAGCAAAUGUCGAACUAAGAACUCUACAACAAAUGUGCAUCUUGUAAAAUAAUGGAAUUAUACUGUCAUACAAGAAUUUUACUGAUAUAUUUUCAUAGACUUUAAUAAUGAUUUCAAAUUUUGGCACAAGGCCAACAGUUUUUGUCAAGUGGGUAAAUCAAUCGCAUCAACCCCAGUGGUCAACUGUUACUUAUUUUAUUGACCUCAAAAGGAUAAAAGGCAAAGCUGACCUAAGCAGAAAUUGAACUCAGAUGUUAACACCUUAGACAGUCGUUAGUUUACCUAAACUGUAGUACUGGCCCAGCCUUCUUUUCUAAUAAAAAUUGAUCACUUCAAAAAAAAAAAUAAAUAAAUAAACUUUUUAAAUCACAAUACCACCAAAUAAGCUCUGAUUGUAUGAUAUAUCCUAAUCUUUAUUUGGUUUUGCUUAAUAUGAAUAUUCGUUCAUCAUCAACUGUUAUAUUGUGGUAAUUUACUACAUUCGAAAUUGUACAGUGAAUAUAUCAACUUUGUAUUUUUUCAACAUACUUACUCUUUCUCAACUCCCUCUUUCUCUAUAUUUUCUCAUCAUCUCUUCUUUUUUUCUGAAGAUGGACUAAUGUCUGAAACAUCCAGACAUUCUAUAUUCAUUUUGUGUAUUAAACUAAUAUCAUAUUCAC